AUGUCGCGUGCAUACCGCGGCGAUGCAUGCACAAGGGUGGCAGGCUGCAGGCUGCAGCGCUCUCCAGGCAGCUGUGCUCUGGUGGCUGCGGUGGCCACGGGGGCAGCCGUGCCCACUUUCGCAGCAGUAACAGGGGCGAGGGUGACUCCAGCCCGGCUUCCAGCUGCAGCGGCGGCUGAGCCUCUGCAUCGAAGCGGAGGUCUUGCAGUGGUUGCGGCUUCUGCUGCUGCAGCAAUGAUAGCCAUGCGUCGCAGUCAGGUGGCAAAUCCCGUUCGGCUACGAGCAGUACCGAACACUCUCGCAGCACCCAUCACAGGCCACCCGGCGCACGUCGUUCUGCGACCCGGUCUCGGAGAUGUGGUGAAGCGGCUCUACAGUAGUUUUAACAAAUGCGACGCGAACGGCACUGCCGAUUGCUUCACAGAGGACGUCGUUUACGAGGAUUUACUUCUCGGCAACUCCACGAUCGUCCAGUCGCGAGAGGAAUUUCGAGAACUGAUUCGGACACACCCGGUCUUCGUGACCGCGCAGGCAUGUGCCCUCCUGGGCCUGCCUCCAUUGGACUGCAAGGUGGAGGUCGACAGCAUCUCCGAGGACACGACCCGCAACACAGUGGGAGUGGAGUGGCACGUUGAAGUCAGCGGCCAACCGUUGCUGCUGGGAAGGGGCUUGAGCUUCAUGAAGAUCUGCCCGAAAACAGGUCUCAUUGCAAAGGCGACGGACAUCGCAGAGGCUCCCUGGCGUGCCAUCGGCCUCUUUUUGGCUCCGUUUGCGCGGAGUAUUCGGGACAUUUCGCGGCUACUGCGAGACUGGAGCUUUUCAUCUGUCAUUGCAGUGGUACUGUGCGCGGUCCUCUUCCUCGACAGGUCUUCACUGGAUAUGCUGCGCGAUGACAUCGACACGAUAGACGACUUCCGGAAUCAGCUCGAUCAGUCCUUAUCGCCGUCUGCGCAUGCAGAUCUCAAAGCCUUGCUGGCAGAGGUCGUCGCAGGUGAGAAGUUCUGA